AUGAUGAAAGGAACAAUUUUUUAUUUUUUUAUAUCCUUUUUUGUAUUUUUUUUACACACUGUUUCAUCACAGGAAGAGUCAAACAAUACAAAGAAUUAUAACAAUGAAGAUUAUAAACAAUUAGAAGAAUUAGAAAAAUAUAUUGAUAAUUUAAGAAAUACAGUUACACACAAAUUUUUUGAAAACUAUAAAGAUGAUAUUCAAUCAUUAAAAAAAAAAAUUCAAAACAUUGAAAAAAAGAAUAAUAAUAAUGUAACAGGUCAAGAUAUGGAUGAUGAUGAUGAAGAAGAAGAUCAAAACAGUUAUGAUGAAAAUGACGAUGAAUAUAAUGAUCUUGAUAUUGAACAAAAAAAAUUAUUACAAAGUAAUAUGAAAUCUUUUUUAGGACAGAGUGGAACAGAUAAUACAGUUCCGGUUCAAGAAACAAAUGGACAAACUAGUGAUGCUCCAGCAGGUGAAGCAGGUAGAGAAAAUGAACAAAGUGAUAAAGCUAAAACUGCUGAAAAAGCUGCACAAAAUGAUCAACCCAACGCAUCUUCACUUCCUUCAACAAAUGAAGAAAGUUCUUCAUCACAAAAUACAAGUGACGAAUCAUCUGGUAGCACAACAGAUCCAAAAAAUGGUGAAGAAUCACAAAAAGCUGCAGUAGUGUCUAAUUUAAAAAAUAUAGAUAAACUUUACGAUGAUGUUCUAAAACAUUUAGAAAAAGAAAAUGAUUUGAAGGAUAAUACAUAUAAUAAUUUUAAAAAUAAAUUUGAUCAAUUUAUAUUGAAUGAUUUUGAAUAUAAAUUACUUAAGAAACUCAUUCUUGAUUUUUUUAAAGAUGAUCAACAGGAUGAUAAAACAAAAAACAAAUUCUAUGAUGCUUUAAAGAAAGCUUUAACAAAUGAAACAUUUUCUCAAGAAUUUAAAAAUGUAAUGUAUGGUUUAUAUAGUUAUGCUAAACGUCAUAGUUAUCUAAGAGGAAAAGAUGAAAAGGUAGAACUUUACAAUAAGGUAUAUCAAAAUGCAAUAAGCUUAUUAGACACUAUGAUGACAAAAAAUUUUGAGAGCGAAACAAAUGAGCAAGUACCACAGGUACAAGAAGCAAAAGAAGAAAAACAACAAGAAGAAACAGAAGCACAAAAAAAAUCCGAACAAGAAGCAAAACAAGAACCAGAAGUAGAAAAAGAAGAAGAAGAAGAAGAAGAAGAGGAAAAAGAAGAAAGAGAAGAAACAGCAACACCAACAGAAACAUAA